AUGAAAAGAUGUAAAAUUUUAGAAAUUGAAAUUCAGAAUUUAAAACUUUCGGAAAACCUGGUAGUUUUUGAGGAACAGAAACAAAUUCCAGAACGAGAAUCAAGAAAAAUUUUAUCAAAUGAUGAACCUUUGAUAUUUGUAGGUAGGAAAGCCUCACAUUGAGCAAAAUCUCUGAAAAUUUGAAAUUUAUCAGGUGGAAUUCCAAGAUCUGGAACAACUUUAAUGCGAGCAAUUCUUGAUGCUCAUCCAAAUGUUAGAUGGUAGGAGAAAAUUAAUCCAAUUUUAAUUUCACAUAAAAAUUUGCAGUGGUGGUGAGACUAUGAUGAUUCCGAACUUUUUGUCGUGGCAAGCAAGUUGGCGGAAAAGUGAUUGGGCGAAUAAUACGGGAAUUACGAGGAAGGUUAUGGAUGAUGCGGUUUCGGCAUUUAUGAUGGAGGUUCGAAAAUUUGGGAAUAAUUUAAGAGAUUUUAAAGGCGGCUGAAGUUUUAAAGAUGAAAUUUUAGAGCUAAAAUUUUCAAGUUCCAAAAAUGGGACCGAUUUUUUUCAUUUCUAAAAAAUGAUGAAAAAUAGUAUCUUUUCAAUGUUCCCAUGGGUCUCUCAACUCAAUUUUUCCCCCAGAUAAUUGCGAAACAUGGUGAAAUGGCUGAUCGAUUGUGUAAUAAAGAUCCAUACACAGCACUCUGGUUACCAACUCUUCAAAGACUUUAUCCAAAUUCCAAAUUUAUUUUAAUGAUUCGAGAUGCUCGAGCAAUAAUUCAUUCAAUGAUUGAAAGAAAAGUUCCAGUUGUCGGAUAUAAUAUUUCAGAUGAAAAACAAAUGUUUAGAAAUUGGAAUACUGAAAUCCGAAAAAUGACCACUCAAUGUAUGAUGGCUGGCGGAAACUGUUUAAAAGUAUAUUAUGAAAGACUUAUUCAACGACCAAAAGAUGAAAUUGAAAGAAUUUGUCAAUUUUUGGAUAUUGAAUUUGAUGAAAGAAUGUUGAAACAUGAAGAAUUUAUUGGAGUUGAAGUUGCGCUUUCAAGUCAAGAAUUUUCAGCGUCUCAAGUCAAAAAUUCAAUAAACAAUGAGCCGCUGACUUCCUGGUUUGAUUGUUUUGAUAUGGAACUUUUAUCGAAAUUGGAUCGCUUGGCGCCUUUUCUAAAGUUAUUGGGAUAUGACACAGAAUCUGAUAAACCUAGUUAUGAUUAUUUUGCGAGUGAUGAUUUUUUUGAAUUUAGAAGUGUUUAUUCAUAA